AUGAGAUCUGCUUUGGACUUUGGGGUCCUUCUUGUGACAUUGGCAGUUCUGGGGGGGCUUCCCUCCCCAGGUGCAGAGCGCAAGGCCAACAGCCUCCUCUCCUCUCCCCCCACCACAGAGCACUUCCCCUACAAGGGGAGGGCCAAAUGCUUCUUCACGCCCCUCAACGGGACCCAGCUGGAGAUCCGCUACCUGCUCACCCACAUCUGGGGCCGGCAGGAGUUCGUCCACUUUGACAGCCGCGUUGAGGAGUACCAGGCCGUCAUGCCACUGGGAGAGCCCAACGCCCAAUACUGGAACAGCCAGAAGGCCACCCUGGAGAUCAGGCGGCACCAGGUUGAUCGCCUCUGCCGGUACAACUACGAAGCCGAGGGGUCCUUCGCCCACGCCAGGAGUGUCCAUCCCCAGGUGGCGAUCAUCCCCACAGACUACGACCCCUCCUCCCUCAACACUUUGCUGGUUUGCUCCGUCACUGACUUUUACCCCUCAGAGAUCGAAAUCAAGUGGCUGAGGAACGGGAAGGAGGAAGGCAAAAGCAAAGUGGCCACCACCGACCUGAUGAGGAACGGGGACUGGACCUACCAGAUCCACAUCAUGCUGGAAACGCACUUGGAGCGCGGAGACCUCUACGCCUGCCAGGUGGAGCACGCCAGCUUAAAUGGCACCGUCAUCACCGUGCAGUGGGGUAAGAGCCCUGGAGUUUCCCCACACAAGGACACCCCACCCUGGAUCCUUCUUCCUGGGCUUCUGCAGCAGAGCCAGACAUCUGCCCAAGGGACCAUCUCUUUGCCAUGUCCUCCCGGGACCUCGAGCAGAAGCCCAUGGGGCAUGUGGGGUGGGGAGCUGGGGGCUAGGGGUGGCCAAGCCUCCAAGGUGGGGCCAUGCUGCAGAUGCAGGACCUUGGAUAGCUCCAAGCAGACAUUAAGGACCUGAGAAGAGCCCUCCUGGGACAGAUCCAAGGCCUCUCUAGUCCAGGAUCCCGUGAAAGGAAACUAAAAACAAAUGCUUAGAAGAAAGCAGAUAAGAAAACAUCAAGUAGAGGAACAAACGGAGGAUCUUGGACAUUGAGCAUCCAAAUGACCUAAGUGCCAUCCCGCAGACCACCACAAGAGGGUGCCUUGGCGAUCUCAGCCAGGAACCAGCCACUAAUUGUCACUUUCUCAAACCAACCAUCAGAGAGUGUCCCUCAGAGCAAGAUAUGAUGCCUUACCAUUUUUCAGUUUUUUAUGGGAAAUUUCUGAAAAUCCCCUUUGCCAAUAGGAUCUGCCCUUGUGGUUCAGACAAGAAAUCUAUCGCACACAAGGUUGCUAAAUUUUGUGCAGCCAGUGUUAAGGUCCGUCAACAAUUAAUUUCUACCCUUUAGAUCGUACCAUAAAACAUUCAGUUUUUCUGUGUUUUGUAUAAUAGAUUUCUUGUCUGAAUGUUGUAUCAUUUGUUGUGUUCUAUGAUCAUGAUAGAGUUAUUCAUACAUUCAAGUAGAGGAAAGAUAAGAGGAAAGCAAGGAAGAUUCCCAAGAAGCAAAAGAAGCAGGAAUAGUCCAAGCAAGAAGUAGAAUUGAAGAACUCCUCCUCCUCCUCCUCCUCCCCCAAACGCUUCAGGAUGGCCACGCAAGCUUCUCCUUUUAUGUCCGUGUCCUGGCUGCUUCCUGGGUCCUGCUAGCCAAGGCCUCCGUGGGCCAAGGAUUGAUUUACUGAAUCAAUCUUUACACUGAUAUUCUGUUUUUCCUCCAGGGCAGUGGACAUGGUUAUGUUUCUCCUCACAACCACCCGGUGAGGUAGGCUAGGUUGAGAACCAAGUGAUUAGUCCAGAGUUAUCCAGUGAGUUUCAUGACUGAACUAGUAAUUUUAAGCCCGUCUUUUUCCUUCCUGGACUCAUCCUCUUCCUGAAGAAUAAGAAAGGGCGGGGCAUUCCACAACCUGCAGGACUUAUCAGUUAGACUUCACAACUCCAGCCGGAUCCCCCCCAAGUGGAGAAGUAUUUGUGUUAUUCCUUGCAGAUGGACACCUUUUGUUGCUUGGAGGAUGCAAAGUUCGGAGGCAGCACAGGAAGAACAGAAAAGGGCCGUCAGAUCUUCUCAUCUGCACCCCACCCUUCAAAAGCACCAUCGCUUCUUUGCCUCUUAUUUCUCUAUUUAUUUUUUGUAAUGGAGGUGGAGCAACAGCAGACCGGUGGAGUGGCAAAAACAGUAGCAGAUGGGUUUGUGGGUGAAUUAGCACUGACAGGAGGAGAAGUGGAUGUUGUAGUGGGAAGCGGCCAGAGGGGGAACAACAGGUUAGGUGCCCUCGGUAGAGUGACUGUAGGCAGCCCGUGUUCUUGGAACACAUCCGCCCAAUUAGAGUUUUGUCCCUGGUCCCACAGCAAUUAGCUAAAUGUAGUGAAAGCAUUUUUAUAAUAAACCACAUUCUUUGGAAA